AGCGCAGGCUCCGGUCUCUUUUGCUCACUGUGACAGAAAAGGGUCACACUAGAAACCACAAGCUGGGACAUACCAAGUGGCCUCCGAUCUUUCUCUCUUCUUUUUACCACUUUUCGUCUCUUUGUCUUCUCAUUUUUCUUAGGAAGAGGCAUUUUCACUGACAGCUUCUUGGACAGCUCUGGGACAACAUUUUUCUGAGGAGGCAAGCUCGUGGCUGUAAUAUUUCAUUGCAGUCAUGGCACCUAAGAAGAAGAAUGUGAAGAAGAACAAAGUAGAUAUCAAUGAAACGACUAUCAUUGUGGAAGACGGUCCCCUCAGCAAACUAAAUGGCUUGAAUGGACUCUUAGAAGGAGGCAAUGGUUUAAGCUGCAUCUCAUCUGAAGUUUCUGACUCAUCAUAUAGCCCAAAUCUCUUGGAAGGUCUAAGCAGAAUGAGACAAGAAAAUUUUCUCUGUGAUUUGACGAUCAGUACCAAAACCAAAUCCUUCAGUGUUCAUAAGGUGGUGAUGGCUUCAAUCAGUGACUACUUUCACAACAUCUUGAAGAAAGAUCCUUCCACCCAAAGAGUAGACCUCAAUGAUGUGUCCCCAUUGGGUCUAGCUACUGUUAUCACCUAUGCUUACACUGGAAAACUUACGCUCUCGCUUUAUACAAUAGGUAGUAUUAUUUCCACAGCAAUUUAUCUUCAGAUUCACUCCCUUGUAAAGAUGUGCUGUGAUUUCCUAAUCCAAGAAAUCAGUGUUGAAAAUUGUAUGUACAUUGCCAAUAUUGCAGAAACAUACGGACUAAAAACGACCAAGGAGGCGGCACACAAAUUUAUUAGAGACAACUUCAUUGAAUUUUCAGAAACAGAUCAGUUCUUAAAACUUACUUUUGAUCAGAUUAAUGAACUUCUUGCAGAUGAUGACUUACAGCUUCCUUCUGAAAUUGUUGCAUUCCAGAUUGCAAUAAAAUGGCUGGAAUUUGACCAAAAAAGAGUAAAGUUUGCUGCUGAUCUCUUAGGCAACAUCCGUUUUGGUACCAUCUCGGCUCAAGACCUUGUCAAUUAUGUUCAAACUGUUCCGAGAAUGAUGCAAGAUGCCGACUGCCAUAAGCUCCUGGUGGAUGCCAUGAACUAUCAUUUGCUUCCGUAUCAUCAGAAUACACUGCAGUCCAGAAGAACAAGGAUUCGUGGAGGUUUCAGAGUGCUAGUUACUGUUGGGGGACGCCCUGCUCUAACAGAGAAGUCUCUUAGCAGAGACAUCUUAUACAGAGAUCCUGAAAAGGGAUGGAAGAAGCUUAGUGAGAUGCCUGCUAAAAGUUUUAACCAGUGCGUGACGGUGAUGGAUGGAUUUCUCUACGUGGCUGGUGGGGAAGACCAGAACGAUGCCAGGAACCAAGCCAAGCAUGCAGUCAGCAAUUUCUGCAGAUACGAUCCCCGUUUCAACACCUGGAUUCACCUGGCAAGCAUGAACCAGAAGCGUACCCACUUCAGCCUGAAUGUGUUCAAUGGCCUCCUUUUCGCAGUGGGUGGUCGCAACUCAGAGGGCUGCCUCUCCUCGGUUGAGUGCUACGUGCCUGCCACUAACCAGUGGCAGAUGAAGGCACCCCUGGAGGUGCCCCGCUGCUGCCACGCCAGCGCUGUGGUGGAUGGUAGGAUCCUGGUCACGGGAGGCUACAUUAACAGCGCCUACUCCCGUUCAGUGUGCAUGUAUGACCCCAGCAAUGAUAGCUGGCAGGAUAAGUCCAGCCUUAGCACCCCACGAGGGUGGCACUGCGCCGUGUCCUUGCUGGAGAGGGUCUAUGUCAUGGGUGGGUCGCAGCUGGGCGGGCGAGGGGAAAGGGUGGACGUCCUCCCCGUGGAGUGUUACAGCCCUUACACGGGGCAGUGGUGUUACGUGGCGCCCCUUCAAACCGGAGUGAGCACGGCCGGCGCCUCCAUGCUGAACGGGAAGAUUUACCUGGUGGGGGGCUGGAAUGAGAUAGAGAAAAAAUAUAAGAAGUGCAUUCAGUGCUAUAACCCGGAUCUCAAUGAGUGGACAGAGGAAGACGAGCUGCCUGAGGCCACUGUGGGAGUAUCCUGUUGUACUAUAUCCAUGCCCAACACCAAGACAAGGGAGUCCAGGGCGAGCUCAGUCUCUUCUGUACCAGUCAGUAUCUAAACCCUGGUCAGACCAGCAACCGGUAAAAAUGUUUACCAGCACAGCAGUUUAAUUAACCCUUUAAGUAGCAUUUUUGUGUUUAUGUGGAAAAAAAAAAAUAAUAAUUGGCUUUGCAACAAUUUUAACAGUUCAAAUUGGCCAUUUUUCCUGAUCUUUAAGACAGGUGGUGUGAAACAACAUACUAGGGAUAAGAUGAAUUUUCUUAGCAGGAAAAGAGUUAAGCCAUAACAGUAGAGAGAAUUUUAUUCUGUUCCUGACUUUGCCACUGACUCACUGUGUUAUCUGUGGCAAAUAAUUUAUUUGUGACUUGGUUUCCUUACCUGUAAAAUAGAGAUAAAGUUGCUUCAGAAGAUUGUUGUGAGGCUUUUUUAAUACUGAGUUUUAAACGCUUUCAGAACUCAAAAUGAAAGCCAAACAUCGGUAGUAAUAAAUCUCAAUAUACGUUGGAAAUGUGCCAUGUCAUUAUAAAAUUUAUCAGUUUUGUUCUUUGCUAAGCAUUUUAUUUUUCAAGAAACAAAAAAGAAAAAAAGAAAAACAAAAAAAAAAAAAAAGAAAGAAAAAAAUUGCAUAUAGCAUACACAUGCUUUCCUUUUGGGGCAGUGAUAUUCACAGAUUUUUUUUUCACAAUGUUUUCUCCUUCAGAAGCUAGAAAGAGAUCCCUAUCUUCUGCCAUGAGACCUUUUAAUCCUCCUCUCUAAUGCUGUAGCAUGGCUUUUUCAAGACCUGAAUCCACAAAAUACUUUAGCUCCUGCAAGCCUUAUGGGCAAGUCCCAAGGUCUGCCUUGGGUGCCAAAGACCUCUUCUGACCCCCAUGUGUACACCAGGGAGCAGACCGCCACCCUGUCCUCUCCUCUUGCCAGGAAGGCUCUCCUGUUACUCCCAGAGGAAGGUGUGAAGGCCACGCAGUUUGUCUCCUGUUCCUUCUCUACCCAUCUGUGUAGGAAUGUACCUCGGGGUUAUCUUCUCUUCUGAGAAGCCAGAAGCCAGGAGGUACCACAAGAGGGGCAAAAUCUAGAAGCUGGGUUCAUGCCCAGAGGCACCAAGGCUCACGGGUUUCUGAGGGUGGAGAAGAUGCAUAGAGCAUCUCUCCUACUCUGUAGUAUUCUGAAAAAUUCCCAGUGCAGUGAGGAACAAAGUCUGAAUAAAGACUGCAGGAUCUGCCUUUAAGCAUAGGGUAUGUAUAUGGAGAACUGUGAAUAAUGGAAAAGUGGAUGAAAUCAAAGAGGCUUUCCUUAGAAGUAACAAAGAGGUACCUUAUCACCUUUCUUAGCAGGUGUAGACACACCAUCACCCAAACUAACCUUUUUCUAGACAUACUGUUAGGUACCUCCUUUUGAAGCCUCAUUUGUAUUUUGAGGAGCUCUUACUCAGGUUUUUCCAAAGGCUAGACUAAUGCUGUGCUUGUUGAAUCCUGUGGAGUUUUCCUGGUGAGUGAAGUCUCUGAUCAACUCAGAUGAUUUUCCAAGAACUUUUUUUUCCUAAUCUCAGCAUGCAGUGGAGGAGUGAAGUAUGAAACCUAAUCCUAUUCACUUAAGCAAAGAGACGUACAGCCCAUAAUGACCCCUUAGAACUUGAUACCGAAGGAGUGCUGUCAGUACAAAAUGUCCACAUCCUUCUGUUUGAGAAGGAAGGAGGCAAUACAAGGAACUAAAAUGGUUUAAUAUAACCAAAACAGUAGAAGUUCACUCAUUUCAACCAAUUCAUAGAGGCCUCUCAUGCAGUUUCCUUGGAUUAUAAUUGACACCUCCAGGUCCUAGUGCCAAUGGGAAGGCAUACUCUUUGCAGUGUUUACAAGACAGACAAACUUUCAUGUCAUUUGCAAAAGAGAAAUGCUAUAAAUUUGUCUGUAUGUGCAGACUUCUGUUGAGACAAACAUUCACAGGAGUUGUUACAGCUACAUACUGAGCAUCAGCAAGGAGCGUGACACAGUAUUAGAGAUGAUGUGAUUCACCUGUCCUUCGGGAUUGCACUGCAUGGUACUCAGUCCUAUUCCAGUUCUGACUUAGAAUUCAUGUCUGCAUCCUGACUACACAAAUUUAAAUCCCAAAUUCUAUUUCUGAGUACUGCAUGCUAUUAGAUCAUACUGCAUUGCGAUGACUUGUAGUCAGAGUAGCAGUCAUAUUGUUUUGAUUAAUUUAAUUUGCAUAUAGUUAUCCUUUGUAUUGUCUAAUCCAAAUAAUAGUAAUUCAAAUCCACUGUCACAGAACAAAACAUGGAAUUGUAUAACAAAGUACGAUCAAUGUGAUUUAAAUACAAAAAUGCUGUUCCUGCCCACUCCAGUCAAAAGCACUCAUAGGAUAGCAGGGGUUGGAAGGGACCUCUGCAGUUCACCUGGUCCAACCUUUCCCAAAGUCAUGACCACAUGUUCUAUGUGGAAAUACAUAAGGUGCUCUUUAAAAAAUCCAUCUUCUCCAAUAAUUUUUGUAAUAUUGUAAUACUAUUAGAUGUAGUUGCUUAUCCACCCAGGUCAAUAAAGACACACAUACACAAAUUCAUUUAUAUCUGUAUAGAUACACUAGUUAUGGUGUAUAGUCAUACUACUAGUUAUACACUAGUGGUUCUAAGAUACCCAUUAAGAUGGCAUUUAGGAAUUCAAUAAACAGUCAUUCUGGCCUCAAAUAAAUAUAGGAUAAGAUUGUGUCAUAUGCAAGCGCCACUUUUUUCCCUUUAGGAUUUCAGUUCCAAAAUGGUAUGAGUAGUCAGGUGUUGCUGCACACUUUCCUCUUCUAUGAACCAAUGCUUCCUCUACAUCAACACUGAUCUUCUGUUUUUGGAUAGAAAGUUAUUUGUGGAUGAUGGGCUAAGUGCAAUGAAACUAUUCUCUUAACUACUUAAAGGGUUAAAAACUUUGGGGGCCAAAUCCUUUUCAUCUUACUCAAAAAAAAAAGUUCCACUGACUUCACUGGGACUGUUGAAUAAGAUGUAUAGGAUUUCAGACUCUUGGCCAAAUUCCGGCAGAACAAUACAUAGAGCUGCCUGCCAAAACUGUCAUACCCAGAAGGAAGACUGAUCUCAGCCCUCACUGCCCUUGGCCACAACAAAUCCGUAAGGAGGUGUCCUGGGACAGGAGUCAAGCACCACUGGCCACGUGUUGCUUCCAUUGCACAAACUAGGUAACACACCAUAGGCCAAAAAUCUUAGGUAGGUUAAGAAAAGGUAUUGUUAGCAGUAUAGCACUUCAGUGUGUUAUUUUCAUUAUUUUCUCUAAACAUCUGUUUAGGCUUCAACUGCACAUUGAGCCAUGAUUUGGCCUUUAAUAUAUGGCAAUAUCAGCUGAACUUAAUGUUACUAUGAUCAUACCAAUGUAUUGAGCUAAGUGUGACAUUUUUAUGUACAAUCUCAUUUUGUUAGAGCUGUAAAAAGUGGUUUGUAUGUUAUGUGUUAUGGGACAGUGCUCUUCCAUUGUCCAGUACCGUUCUUUCGGGCUCCAAAUAUUUAAUAAGAAUUAUUCAUUGGAACUUAAAAUAUUUUAUAUGCUGAAAAGAAAUUUUAAAAUGCAAUUUAGGAAGUACUGGACAUGAUAAUAUUAAGUAAAGCAGAACUUCCAACUGUAUGAGACACAGGUUGCUAAAACACUAUAAGGAUCUUCUUUAAUGUUAUAUGGAUAGAAAAGGAAAAAGAAAAAAAAAAAGAAAAAAAAAGGAAAAAAAAUCUUCAAAAUUAUGCCUAUGCCUAUGCAUUUUUUUGGUCUACAACAUUUGUGUUUCCAAGGAAUUCAAAUCUGAAAAUUAUCUUUCUUCAGCCUGUGAAUGAAACAGUUUGAUAAUGUUUUACUUUCUUGUUUAAUUGUGCUUGUAUAGGUGCAUGGGAGAGUGUGUUAUAAGGUUGUGUGUAAUGGGGUUGCAAAGUUAUGCUGAAAGGAAUAUUUUGUGCAUAGUUCUUAAUCAAGAUGAGACCACAGUUGUUUAAUCUCUUCCUGUAGUUAAGCUGUAAGAUCAUCUAUGUAUGAGUGAAGAGUUCAGUAAGAUAAAGUGCCAACAUCCAGCUGAUCAAAGACGGAAGUGGACGAAAUUAGCAUCAACCAAAGCCAUAAAGUGUUAAAAAGUGUUCUGUGCUGAGAUUUUUAAAAAGCAGUUCUUGCAGGGAAAAGUAUGUAAUGAAUGAAAUGACUGAGUAAGACUAUGUUACCCUGAAACCUAGAUUCAUUGAGCCUACAGUUUUAACUCUCAAAACUCAUGCUGGGUUUAGAGGGAGUAUUUCCCUACUAAUGGCUGGGUUUGUUUGCAAACCCAACAGUCAUACAUGUAAUCAUAUGAGCAUACAAACCAUCUUGAAUUCAGUGGGGCUUCUCUUACAUACAGUUAUUCUUAUGCACUUACAUUUGCAAAGUAAAAAACAAGAACUACAUCCAUGGGGAGACAAGCAUCAACACACGAGGAAGGCCAACAUGGAGGUAGUAGACUGAUACUCAAUAUUACCAUUCAGCUACCUACUUAUCAUGCCGUACCUGAAAUUUUUAGGGACUAGAUUUCCCCAUAAGGAUUAUUUCAUUGGGGUUAACUGCUCAGUAGAAUUCUGUGUAGGCUCCAGGGACUUAAUUAUUUUUUGGGCCCACCCAAGCUGGGAGAUCUUUUUUUAAGUUCUGAAUCUGCCUGCUUGGAGAAUUCAAUAGUUCCCCUACAGUCUCCUGGCCUUUUUGUAAUGAAUCUUCUCAUCCUUUUGUCAAAGACCUACUUUGUAUAAGUAAACAAAAACAUUUUAAUGAAUGGAUUUGUACCUCUGACUCCUCCAUGCAGGAGGAGUAUCUCUUGUCAUAGAAUCAUAAAAUGGCUCAGGUUGGAAGGGAUCUUAAAGACCAUCUAACUCCCAUCCCCUUCUGUAGGCAAGGACACCACCCACUAGAUCGAGUAGGCCAAGGCCCCGUCCAACCCAGCCUUGAACACCUCCAGGGAUGAGGCAUCCACAACUUCUCUGGGCAACCUGUUCCUGUGCCUCACGACCCUUAUAGUGAAGAAGUUCCUCCUAAUGUGUAGUCUAAAUCUAUCCUCCUUUAGUUUAAGACCACCCCUCCUUGUUCUAUCAUUAUCUACCUGAGCAAAGAGUCCUUCUCCAUCCUUUUUAUAAGACCCCUUUAAUUAUAUUGAAAGGCCACAAUGAGGCCUUAUCCUUUACAUUUUCUCUUCUCUUGUCCAUAACUGAGUGACUCUUUCACAGUCUACCAAAGCAGAUAUUUGUAGUGCAUGGAGCUGUAGAGCUCAUAAAAGCUCAUCUGUGAAUCUAAUGCAAAAAAAUCUCUUUGCUGUUAGCCACAGUAAAGAAAAGGUCACAUUCUGAAAUGCCCGUUGGGAAAAAGGGGUGAACAGUGAGUCAAUGGAUCUCAUCUGAAAGUGUGGCGCUGCUCAGAGCUCUGUUCCCAGCAGUUCCCUAAAAAAUGAAAGAAAACACGUGCAAUUCAAUAUAGCUUGAGUGAGAGCUUUACCAAGCAAAAGACUGGUAUGAGCCCAUUGUGUCAAUGGAAAUGAAAUUUUCAAUAACAAUACAGGCAGUUGGUAAACUUAUGAGGAAGACAUAGUUGAUAUCUGUUGGUAAGAAUGGGAACACGCACAUUUAGAUACACUGGAUGUUACACUAGGUGCUGCCUUGGCAGUUUUGUUGUCAACAAUAAAAGUUAAAAAUACAACUUAUUUGUGUAAAGCAUUUCCCUGGCUUCUGACUGUUCGACAUACUGCUUAUACAAAUAGGUUUUCUAAUCACACACCUUAAGGAUGGACUGUGAUAACACAAGGGAACAUAUUUCAACAGGAAAAUCUAUACAUGUCAUGUGAGAAUGUUACUACUUAAAAAUUAAAAUAUGUGGUGCGGCAGUUGUUGUUAAGAGGAAUAAACCAGCAUGUCAGUAUUUUUCAUUGUAUGCUUUAAAUAAAACUGUUGACAUGUAGAGCAAACAAA